UUUCCAUCUCAUUUUCUAGAUCUCUCGUUAAAAAUGUAGUUGUUUUUGGUUUCAUUCCUACGGAGCAAUCCCCUUUGAGGACUUUUGUCAAACACCUCUUGUGCUGUCAAUCACAGAGACGAAUAGACACGGCAUGGAAAUUCAACACUUCAGCCAUGACCACCCACUCAACCUCAGCAUGUUUCCACCGGACGCGGCCAUAGACCUUCGUUGCUACGCCUGCCGGAAAUCAAUCUCCAGCGUAUCUUAUGGCUGCAACCAAUGCAACUAUUUCCUGCACAGAUCAUGCGCAGAGCUGCCGCCACAAAUCGCCCACCAUUUCCACCCCGAACACAGCCUCACUCUCCGCCCAAACCCGCCUAUGUCUGCGUUCGGCGACAUGUCCAAGUGCGACGUCUGCAAGCAAAUAUGCAACAGGUUCAUCUACCACUGCCCCCACUGCGCCUUCUUCAUGGACAUAAACUGUGCUUCCAUGGCAACCACCAUUGAACAGAAGCUUGUGCACAUAAGCCAUAAUCAUGAAUUGAUUCCAAUCCAAAAGCCGGCCCUUUUGGUGUGCGAUGCUUGUGGCUCGAAGCAUAUAGGCAGCUCCUACUUGUGCACCACAUGUGGGUUCUGGGUCAGCCAGAAUUGUGCUUCAUCGCCGAGCAAAAUCAAGCUCAGCAAGCAUCAUCACCCUCUCAGCCUUAUCUAUUCCCUUCCGAAUAUACCCUACCUUGACAUGCCGGAAUGCAGAUGUUGUUAUCGAGAAGUGAAGAGAACCAAUUGGGUCUAUUCUUGUCUGGAUUGCAACUACUAUGUUCAUGUGAAUUGCGCUCCUUCCCAAGCUGGGUUUUCCAGGGAGUUUGAAACACUAGCAGAACUCCAAGAUAUUGACUUCAGUCUGAUCAAGCUUUUUUCUGAUGACUCCACAGUAAAACCAGAUGUUGAUCCACCCAGAGAUAGCAAAGCAGAGACCCUGCCACUGCCCAAACAAUCAAUGGCUACCACAUCGCAUUUCAUUAAACAAAUGGUCUGCACACAGACCAAGUAUGACGAGGAAGCAACAGAGAUCACCCAUAUAAGCCACGAUCAUCCAUUAUUCCUCUCCAACAACCAAACUGACAACGUGCAGACGGAGAAAAUAUGCAAUGGCUGCGCAAGAACCAUCAAAGACCCAUUCUACCACUGUACCCAAUGCCACUUCUAUCUCCACCAAUGGUGCGCUCAGCUGCCCAAUGAGACGCACCAUCCGUGUCACCCAGAACACCCACUCCGAUUGAUCACCCACCGAACGACAAACCACCAUCUCUACCAAUGCGUCUCGUGCGGCCUACUCUCAAACACCUUCGUCUUCGCCUGCUCGGCCUGCGAAUUCUACCUCGACGUCAACUGCGCUUCCUUGCCGCGCACCGUCAAGCACGAAGCCCACCAUCACGCCCUCGCUCUACGGCAAACAAGGUCCGGUUCCUGCAUCGCAUGUGACAAGUAUCUCAUCGGCUUCGCCUAUGUGUGUGACUCCUGCAAUCUCAACCUCUGCAUUCGUUGCGCCCUUUUGCCGGGUACUAUCAGCCAUAGAUAUGACAAACACCCAUUCAAAAUGACCUAUUCCUUCGUCAAAAACGAGGGAGACGAGCAUUACUGCGAAAUCUGCGAGCGAGAUGUUGAGACCGAUUACUGGUUCUAUCGCUGCGGAAUCUGCGAUCAAUCUCUGCAUACGAAGUGCCUCUUUCCUGUCGAUUGGAACUGCAAUGUGAAGUUUGGCGUCACUCUUGACUACGAGAAUCACCCGCACCUUCUCGCUUGUGUUCGAAAGUUCGAGAUAGGGGAAAACUCGAGAUGCGGUGACUGUGGCGAGACUUUGGGAGAAGAUGACAGUCUGGCUUUUGAAUGUUUGGACUGCGAUUUCUGGGUGCAUGCGUUUUGUGCCAUGUAUUGGUAGGGGGAGUGGAGUAGGGCAUUUGGUCUUAUUCGUUAACACUUUUACAUAUAAAUUCACAAUUUUUAUGCAUAUAACAUGAUUGUGCCAUUUUUAUAAUUAUGAGUCAUUAUUAUAGUUGUGUAUAUGUACUUAUUAAUGAAUUGCACCAUUUUAUUGAAAUUCUUGUAUACAGCAUCAUUACCCAUAACAUAUCUUAGCAGUGGGACAUGGAAUUUUAUA